GAAAUUAACCCCUAAUUUGAUCGAAAUCGACGUCUGACUCAUUUCUCGAUAGACAUUUUCAGCGUCCAGAUUACCAGCCCAAAGUAUUCCUGAUAAGUCUACGGGGUUCAAUACAAGUUCACAAUCCUAUUGUCUGAUUUCUUGUCAUCCACGUAAAUAGUGAUCCAAAGAUCUAGUAAUAUCUUUCUCAUUCUCAAAUAUUUCAGAUAUUCACUGAUAUUCGUCAUUUUCUAUUAUAUUUGUACCUGCCUUUCCUGGCAUCUUCCUCAGAUAUCCGAAUAUUAUCCCCGCCAUGGCUCUCGGCAGUAUCCCUUGCGACUGCUGGUCCAAGUCGUUCAAAUACUCGUCUGCGGACCUGAUAAGAAUUAGCAUUUGUUAGAUGGAGUUUGCGUGCUGGAUAUAUAUGAUAGCUCUCUUCUCGACGAGUCUUCGAAUGGUCGGAUAGUUUUGUGCAAGGAAUAAGUUCCGGUUGAUAUUCAGUACUUCCCUCUGUUCUUUUUGUACUGCGCAGAAAAAGCCAGAGGCUCGAAUCGAUAAUCAGAAUUCUCAUCUCGUCUGUUCGGACUUGGAAAAGAACUCAUUGGCGGGAAUUGAGAUCCAAAAUUUGCUUCAUGUCUACGGUCCGGGUAGGAAUUCAAAGGUUCAAAUUGAUAACCAGAAUUUUCAUAUCGUCCGCUCCAAUUUAGAAAAGAGCCUGGGGACUGGAAUUCAUAUUCAGCAUCUACCUGUCCUCUGUUUUGUGAUAGAGAACUCAUUGUCUCAAGUCGGUAUCCAGGAUUUGCUUUUCUUCUGCGUUAUGCCGAAUCUUUAAUCAUUUUUUCAGGCUCAUUAUUCCUAUCUUCUGUUUCAGAAUCUUCCCAUCCUGUUCGGCAUUGUAUGGAAUAUGAAGAUAAUUUGGUUCGGAAUGAAGCUUCUCUUCUUUGUUAUCGGCUGUGGAAUCAGACAAUCGAGUACGGGUUAUGGGAGAGGUUGGAAGUUGGUCUCCUUCAAGUCCAGAGUUUCCCUCUCUUUGACUUUCCGGGAAAAGUGCAAUUCCAUUAUCAGUUGUUGAGUCAGCUUCAGAUUCAAUUUUUAGUCUCCUUUGUGGGGAAUUUUCAGAUGACAGGUCUCCAGUUGUUUGAGGCCGGCUCUUCUCUGUUUUCUGCCCUACUCUAUCUCUUCGGUUUUGUGUGGGAUUUUCAUCGUCAGAGGAGGUAACAAUCACUUCGGGAAAGUCAGGAUGAAUCUGCUUAGAUUAUAGAAGGCCACUACAGAACCCGUUAUGCGGACAAGGCUUUAUCGUCCUGUUCCGUGCUUCGGGCUUAUGCCGAUCUCGUCUUUGGCGUACCGAUAAAUUAUCAGAAGCCUUGUUCAGAGUUGCGGAGUUGGGUUUGUGACUAAGAUCUUGAUUCUCGAUUUGAUGAUAUGCCGACUGUUUAGAUGAAUGCUGUCGAGCUAUAGAAUCCGGCUAGUGUUCAGAGCUUCCUUUGUCUCUCUUUCGUUGGUGCUUUGUUGAACGAUUGUAGGGUCCAUUCCGAGAUUUGGACUUGGGUUGAUACUCAGGCUAGAGUAAUGAAUCGAACAGUUUUCAAGCCUGAUGAGGGAGUUCUUGCCGCAGGAGAAAUCGGAUCAGAAGGAGCGUGUUCCGAUGGAGGAUAUCAGGCUAUAGAAGAUGAUAGCAAAGAUCUAGGAGAUCAGGGCAAAGAAGAAAAGAAUAUGGAUAAAGGAAUCCAUAUUGAAGGAGUGGUCUCUGCGGAAGGAGGGAGUAUCUCGGCUGAAGAAGAGGUCUUUGUAGAAGGAGAAUUAUCUGCGGAAAGACUGGUAAAUUCCGAAGAGAGAGAGGGGUAGAAGAAGACACUAGCGACGAAGAAGAGGGCGGAGUUUAUCUGAUCAAGCCUGGGCAAAAAGCUCCGACUGAGAUGAUCCAGGAUCAAGGAACCAUGACUGGCAGCGAAGAGAGUGAGAGUUGAAGGAGAAAAUGUAUUGAGCGUUAAUACCAAGAAGGAGGUUGAAAUUCUAAAAAGAGACACGGAAUCUCUGCCCAGAAAAUUGAAUUUAUUAGAAGAGCAGAAGAGAGAAGUCGACAGAACUUUGUUGGUUGCGAAAGAAUUGAGGGAUUACAAGAUGAAUCAACUAGAGAAGAUUAGUUUAAUGGGGGAGCA